AUGCAACGCGUAGGGGACGACGACGACGAUGAGGACGACGACGAAGUGGUCGAUGGGACGACCAAGUCGUCGACGAUUGCGCCUGUGGGAGAGGGCGAGAACGCGCCCUUGGUACCCCACGUGCUCGUGCUCCCAACGCACAAGCGCCCGCUCUUUCCCGGCGUGAUCUUGCCCAUGACGAUCACGAACCCCGAGGUGUCCAAGGCGCUCCAAGCGCUGCGGGACAGCGGCCAAAAGUACGUCGGUGUCUUCCUCAAGAAGGACGCGGCCAAGGCCGCCUCCAAGGAAGAAAUGGGGUACACGGGCCUUGCAAACCAGCAAGGCGAGGACUUGGUCACGACCCUCGAUGACAUCCAUCAUGUUGGCAAUUAUGCGCGCAUCGACAACAUGAUUGGCUUUGAGAACAACCAUGCGAUGCAAAUUCUGCUGACGGGGCAGCGCCGGAUCACGAUCGACGGGAUCCACGACAGCGGUGUCAACCCGCUCCGCGUGGGCAUCUCGCCGCUGACGAACCCGUCGUACGACAAGAAGAACAAGAUGAUCAAGGCCUACUCGAAUGAAAUUGUGGCGACGCUCCGCGAGAUCGUGAAGCUCAACCCGCUCUUCAAGGAGCACAUCCAGUACUUUAGCCAGCGCAUCGAUAUCAACAACCCAUUCUUGUUGGCGGAUUUUGCGGCGUCGAUCACGACGGCCGAUGCGGAAGAGCUCCAGAGCGUCUUGGAAGAGAUGGACUGCGAGCGUCGUCUGCAGAAGGCGCUCGAGCUCGUGACCAAGGAAACUGAGCUCUCGCGCGUCCAGCAGUCGAUCAAGGAACAAGUGGAAGAGAAGGUGUCCAAGAACCAGCGCCAGUACCUCCUCAUGGAACAACUCAAGACCAUCAAGAAGGAACUCGGCAUGGAGAAGGACGAUAAGGAUGCGAUGCUCUCCAAGUUCCGCCAGCGUCUCGACGCCAACUCGAAGCGUCAGAGUCACAUUCCCGACGGUGUCCUCGAAGUCAUCGAAGACGAAAUGAACAAGCUCUCAAUGCUGGAGAAAAACUCGUCCGAGUUCAACGUCACGCGCAACUACCUGGACUGGCUCACGCUUCUGCCGUGGGGCAAGUCGACGACCGAGAACUUUGACAUUGUGGCGGCCAAGGCAAUCUUGGACGCGGACCACUACGGUCUCGGCGACGUCAAGCAGCGCAUCCUAGAGUUCAUCGCUGUCUCCAAGCUGCUCGGCCAAGUCCAAGGGCGCAUUAUUUGCCUUGUGGGCCCGCCGGGUGUCGGCAAGACCAGCAUCGGCAACGACGUGGCCGAAAUUAAGGGUCAUCGCCGGACGUACGUCGGCGCGAUGCCGGGUAAGGUUAUCCAGUGCCUGAAGACGACACAGAGCUCCAACCCGCUCAUCCUCAUUGAUGAAAUCGACAAGCUCGGUCGCGGUCACACGGGUGACCCGGCCUCGGCACUCCUCGAGCUUCUUGACCCGUCGCAAAACACGUCGUUUGUCGACCACUACUUGGACGUACCCGUGGAUUUGUCCCGGGUCCUCUUUGUGUGCACGGCCAACGUCACCGACACGAUCCCGGGGCCGCUCCUCGAUCGUAUGGAGGUCAUUCGACUUUCGGGUUACGACGCCCCAGAGAAGGUUGCGAUUGCCAAGCAGUAUUUGGUGCCCAAGACGCUCGAAAAGAGUGGCUUGAAGAGCGAGCAUGCCCCGGCGUCGUUGUCGCUCACGGACGACACCAUUAUGGAUCUCGUCAAGCGGUACUGCCGGGAAGCCGGCGUGCGCAACCUAGAGCAGCACAUUGAAAAGAUUUUCCGCAAGGUCGCGCUCGAAGUCGUCGAAAACAUGGCCAAGGACGAGAAGGACGUGAAGGACUAUUGCAUCACGCCUGAUGGCCUCCAGAAAUAUGUGGGCCAGCCCCGAUUUACCUCGGAGCGCAUGUAUGAAGCGUUGCAGCCUGGUGUUGUCAUGGGUCUGGCGUGGACGGCCAUGGGUGGCUCAUCGUUGUACAUCGAAACCACUACGGUGCAAACCAAGGGCGGCAAGGGUUCGCUUGUCACGACGGGUCAAAUGGGCAGCGUUAUGGAAGAGAGCACGCGAAUUGCGCACACGUAUGCGCGCCACAAGCUCGAGCAGGUGGAGUCCGAGAACACCUUUUUUGAAGCCGAUCUGCACUUGCACGUGCCAGAAGGGGCAACGCCCAAGGACGGUCCGUCGGCAGGCUGCACCAUGGUGACGGCCCUGCUCUCGCUUGCGAUGAACAAGCCUGUGAAAUCCAAUCUCGCCAUGACGGGCGAGCUCUCGUUGACGGGCAAGGUGUUGCCGGUGGGCGGUAUCAAGGAGAAGGUGAUCGCGGCUCGGCGUGCCGAUGUGACGACGAUCGUCCUUCCAGCGGGCAACCGUAAGGACUACGAUGAGCUGCCCGACUACCUCAAGGAAGGUCUCGACGUGCACUUUGCCAAGGUCUAUGACGAUGUGUUCAAAGUCGCGUUUGAGGACGCGGCACUGUAA